UGUGUGCACGAAACGCAUCGAAUUCAGUCGAGGAUUUAACACGGCCUCAAACGUUAGUCAUAUAGGUUGAACUUUCCAUCCGAAUUGUUAUUCAUAGAGUCUUAUCAAUACUAUCACGUCGUACCUGUCAACCUUGUCGCGUCUGUAAUUUUAGUUCUCUUUACAUACUACAAUUUUCUUUAAUUAAAUUAUUUCUCUCGAAGAACACGGAUUUCAUUUCAUAAAGUUAAUGUUUUUAUUCAAAAAAGAAAAAGUUUGUCAAAGAAAUUGAAUCGGACAGAAGAAAAUAAUUAAUUUUCUGUCGAUGAUAUAGGUUUAUUUCCUUAAUAAGAAUGAUUUCUAUAAAGUUUAUUUAAAAAAAAUUAGAAAUAAUAUUACGAUUACGAUACGAUGAGAAUGAUCGUUAGGAUUUAAAUGAUAUAAAAAAAAAAAAAGGAAGAAAAAGCAAAGAAUCAUUGUUACUAAAAGUUUUGUUCGUAAUCAAGAAGAAUAUCAGCAGAGACUGCACAUCCUAUUUUGUUUUACAGCAAAUAAGGAAAUAAUAGAUAAACUGAUAUUAUCAACGAGUGACAAGGUAUCAACUUGUAAAAAUCUAAAAUGUACGAAAAGGAAGCGGUCGUAUUGAGAAAUGUGAACAAAUAUUACGGAAAAAAUUUUAAAGUACUCGACGGAUUGAAUCUGACCGUUGCCAAGGGUAGCAUAUACGGAUUAUUGGGUCCAAGUGGAUGUGGAAAAACAACUCUUUUAUCGUGCAUCGUUGGUAUCCGAAAAACAGAUAGCGGUGACGUUUGGGUGCUAGGAGGAAAACCGGGUACUAAAAAUUCGGGUAUUCCAGGACCUAGAGUUGGUUUUAUGCCGCAGGAAAUUUGCCUCGUAGAUGAGUUUUCUGUAAUCGGUGCACUGAAUUAUUUCGGAAGAAUAAAUGGAAUGAAGGAUAACGAAAUAAAAAAACGAUAUCAAGAUUUAGAGGAAAUUUUGCAAUUACCGCCAAAAAAUCGAUUGAUAAAAAAUACGAGCGGUGGCCAGAAGCGAAGAAUAUCAUUGGCUGCAGCUUUACUUCACAAUCCGGAAUUAUUAAUCCUAGACGAACCAACCGUAGGGCUUGAUCCGGUUUUAAGAGAUGAUAUUUGGAAAUACUUAUGUAGGAUCACACAGGAGAACGGUAUUACUGUUAUUAUUACUACACAUUACAUUGAGGAAGCCAGACAAGCGAAUAAAAUCGGUUUAAUGAGAUCAGGUAAAUUAUUAAUUGAAUCUACUCCUGAUCAAUUGUUGGAUCGUUUCCAGUGUGAUAAUUUAGAGGAAGCUUUUUUUAAAUUAAGUAAAGAUCAAGAAGAAAAUGUUAACAGAAAUUUGACUGACAGUUCUGAGACGUUGCAAGAAACAGAAUUUGUAGAAACUUUGGUUCAAUAUCCUACGAAUUCAACGAGUAUUCCAGUAAAACCAAUUAAAAAUUUAUCUACCACUUCUGGAAGAUUCAAGGCUCUUAUAAUCAAAAAUAUGACGCAAUUCUUACGUCGUCCUAGUGGAAUCGUAUUUGCUGCAGGAUUUCCAAUUAUUCAACUUACACUAUUUUUGUAUUCCUUUGGUCACGAUCCUCAAAAUCUGAAAAUCGGUAUUUACAAUCAAGAAACAGGGAACUGUAAUUUUGGUCAAAAUACUGGAAACGUUGUUUACACGCCGGACGAUUACGGUGGUUCGUGCAAUAUCAUUGACUUUAGUUGCCAAUAUUUGCACAAUAUAAAAAAUAUCACCGAGGACAAGAUAUUCUACGACAGUUUUCCGGAUAUGGAGAAUAGUUUGAGAAAAGGAAAACUUUCUGGGAUGAUACAUUUUGGUAAAAAUUUUACGCAAGCAUUGCAAAGAAGAUUAGAGUCGGAGAGAAAUAUGGAAAAAGAAGAAUUUGAAAUGGGAGAAAUUCAAGUCUGGUUGGACAUGUCCAAUAGACAAAUUGGAUUUUUCUUAAAGAAUGAACUUAACAAAAAAUAUUUUGAGACCAUACAAAAUGUCAUGGAAGAAUGUCACUUCCCUAAGAAAACAGCGAAUAUACCAUUAAAUUUCGAAGAUCCUAUUUUUGGUGUUCUUGAACAAGACUUUACGUCUUUCAGUUCACCUACUUAUAUUUUAACGUUAUGUUUUUUCAUAGCAACUGCUGUUACUACCACGAUAUUAAUUUCAGACAAACAUGAGGGAAUUUGGGAAAGAAGCCUCGUUCAAGGAGUUAAAACACCAGAAAUAUUGAUCUCUCAUUUCGUGGUAGAACUGAUGCUGAUCAUAAUACAAGUCAUAAUAAUCUGUACCAUAAGCUUCUUUUAUUUUGGAGUAAAAAGUAAAAGUUCCCUUUUUGCAAUCAUAGGGAUAGUACUUUUAAUGGGUAUAUGUGGAAUGACUUACGGUUUUACGGUUUCGGCGUUUUUCAAUUCGCAUACUUACGCGGAUUUCAUGGUCACUGGAAGUUUCUAUCCUUUGAUACUUCUUAGCGGAUUUCUCUGGCCAAUCGAAGGAAUGCCAACUGCGAUUAGAUGGAUAAGUGUUUUUUUACCAACGACAAUACCAGGAAUAUCACUAAGAGCAAUUAUGAUCAAAGACCUUUCUAUUAGCAAUCCUGAGGUUUACAUCGGUUUCCUCGUGAUAAGUAUUUGGACGGUUAUUUUAUUUCUCCUAUGUCUUUAUGGUCUCAGAAGGAAAUUUUAGGAAAGAGAAGAAAUGGGAAAAAAAAGAAAAAAAUAAUAUUAAUAAUAAUAAUAAUAAAAACGACAAUCUUGCGUCACAACGUGCCUUAGUUUUUAAACGAUUAGUUUUACUUAAAUCGCCGUUAAUUGUUUCGAACGUUAUUUAUUUCGGAUAGGUUUUAUCUUUUCUUUUUUGUUUUUUUUUUUUUUUUAUUUUCUUUUUCCUUCUAAUUAUUAAACGUUUCUCUCUACGAUUUACAUUUAUUUUAUUAUAGAGAUUUACUUGAAUUCUAUAUAGUCGCAUAAUUUAAGUAAUUUAUUUUUUUUUUUAUGUGUGAAUAAAUGCGGGGCGUAUUCGUUAAUUAUGAUUAAUAAUAUUUAAUUGUUUAAUCGAACUUUUUUUUUUUUAUAAUUGUUUUCUCUUUUGUUUUAUUUUUUAAAGUUAAUAUUAACAAAACCACAAAAUGAUCAUAGGGAAAAUAUUGUAAAAUAUGUUUGGGAUUGUUUUAAAGAAUGUUUAGUUUUUAAUCGUUAAAUAGAAUCGCUAUUAUAAAAUCUAUUUGAAAUUUAUGGUAGGAACGCGAUACGACUGUAAAUUAUUUAAUCUUUUCUCUAUAGCGGAACUGGCCACCGGAAAAUUACUGUUCAACGGUACUUCGUAUCAUAAAAGUACAAUUCACGUUGAACGGACGAUGAUUUCUGGCGAGUUUGAAGUGUUGUGGAUAAAGUUUCUUCGAAAAAAAUAAAAUUAAUUAUUAUCGUGAUAAUAUAAAACUUAAAAGAAGAAUAAUACACGAGAAAUAAUGUAUCAUUAACAUAACACGUCUAUGUAUAUUUUGUAUUUCUUUUAUGUUUAUAUAUCGAGUCAACUGUAGACGCAAAUAUUAAAUAGCGAAAAGAUUAAAUUGAAAUUAAGAAGAAAAAAAAAAAAAAGAAAAUGAAACCAAAAGGAGAGCAUUUAUAAUCUUCGAAAGAAUUAAUAUCUUAAGAAUAUUUUGGGAGGAAAAACUAAUAUAUUGUUCUUGUUAAGAAAAAUAAUUUUCUCUCGAAUUAUGUGUCUAGUCAAAUACUAGGCGUCGGUAAUGCAAAAUAACGCGUUGCUACUUAUUAAAUAUUAUAAUAAAUAAUUAGAAAGAGAUAAUAAUAUUUCUCAUUCGAUAAAUUUCAUGCAAUGCGUAUUGAAAAUUAUUUUAUUUAAUUUUAAUUUAUAUAAUUAAAAGAAAUAAAAACAUAUGUGUGGAAAUGCAAAUCAAUGAUCAUUAUUAUUGAUCGAACAUUUGGAAUGACAUCGAGAAAUAGAUCAUAACAUCUGAUAUCAUCAACGUCAGAAUUGCAUAAAGUUUGAAGAAUUAUAUCAGGGUUGUGUUAAAGUUGUACCCGGAACUAAAGUGUGAUCAUACUGUGACCGAUCUAAUUCAAAUUCUGAUUAAAGACGGAAUCCCAGACGGAUUAAAUCCGAUACUAUCUCAGAUAUCAGACCUGAGAUACUUAUACAAAUUUUUUCUCCGGUCGUAGCAAAAAAAAAAAUGAUUGUAUCAAGAUUUGCAUAAAUAAUUAUACCUCAUAACAAUAAUACUGCAUUUUUUUUUUUUUUAUAUUUCAGCAAUUUUGUAUACAUAAGAGUCUGCAUCUAAUAGGAUAUUUUUAUAACAUUCUUCUUGUCUUAUUUUCUCUUGUAGAAUAUAUUUUUAUAAUGUUCGGCGAGAUAAUAUUGGUGUUACGCUCUAUGUAUAUAUAUAUAAAUACACACUCGUAUUAAUUAUUUAUUCAUAAUUUAUUUCUUUUAUCUUGGUAUACAUAUGUUCAAAUAUAUAAUUCACGAUGUUUAGCAUAAUACACUAAACGCGAUAUUACAAACAUAUACAACGUGCGAAUAAUAUUUACGAUUACGUUGUUUGCAGUUGUUCCUGUUGUUAUUAGAUGUAAUUGGUAUAUAUUUUUCUUCUUAUUUCUUUGUUCUUUUUCUAAAUAUAAAUUUUUAUGUCGUACUCGUAAUUGCGUAAAGCAGGUCGAUUCAAUCGUCAACUCCUUCAAUAGAAUUAAUUAUUCUCUCUUUUAAGAGGUGGAACAUAUAAUUUAAUGAAAUAAUUAAUGUUUACUCAUAAGGCUGUAUUAUUCGUCAUAAUAAUUGGUACUCGUUUGUUUUCUUCUAUCUUCUUUUUUUUUAAAUAUAAACUUUGAUGUAUUUACAUAUAGUUUGCGUGUUCGUAAAAUUCGAUCGCCAUACCUUUUAUAAUAAUUACUUUCUCCUCUUAUACAAUAGAUACAAUCGAUUAAUUAAAUUAUACAAUUAAUUCAUUUUUCAACACUCCGUUUUGGUUCGAAUUAAAAAGGAAACUUAUAAGAGAAAAUGAUUUGAUGAAAUGAACUUUUCAUUCGGAUCAUCGAUAUCGGCUUGUCUUCGCACAACAAAAAA